AUGACGCGGGGGAUUGAAGACCAAAUUUUAGAAACUAGCCCCAGCUUGGCGAGCUUCAGGUCAGAUAAGAAUAAAUAUGUAGUGCUGGACUUUAGACUGCGCAUCGGAGUCCCAGCCGCGGGUCAUUUUCCAACCCCCAGACUUUUGAUUAUCGCGUUGGGAUCUACUCUAGAAAGUUGCAGGAAUUGUCUUGCCAUGGGACAAACCACGCGAGGAUUCCUCCGAAAAAAUACGUGCUAUACGUACUACUAUGGAGUACUGCGGAUCAGGAAUCGCGUAGACAUGGGUGAUCAGAUUCAGAACGAAAUGAGCAGUGGCGGCUGCAAAUCCACAAAAGACGUCAAGCGGGAGUGCCACAAACUGGGGGAUCUGCGUUGCGAGUCUGAUCGUUACGGAAUACGAGGGGCGAGGACGUCGAGAAGGAGAAGUAAACGGGAGAACUCGUCGUUGGGUAAGAUCCAUGCAGGUUCUUAUCCAUUAUGUCAAACUAGGAGCAUGAGUACGCGCAAAUGGAUUGUUGGUAGAGAUGGGUUAGCUCAAAAGACGCGUUUGCCGACUCGGAAGUCCGAGUGUGACAGGAUGUGGGGCAAGAUAUUGAUAUUCCAAAGAAGUGCCCGACACGGAGGUCGGUCAAGGUGUAAAGUGUUCCAUAGUUGGCUUGAAGUGUCGUGGAAGAAGGGUGGCGUAGACGAUCGCUGUCAUGAUGCCGAAUUGACGCGAAGACGGCGUAUGACAUUCAAGUUGGUGGCGACGUGGCACAGUCAAUCGAGGAUCGCACGAGACCAGAAUAUACAUGAAGCGAGAACGAGGAUGUAUGAUCUGAUUAUGAUGCGCGCACGGGAAACCAUGCAAGUAUUUAAGAUGAGCGCACCAGGAGCGGGGAUGGACGGCGAACACGAGAACGAUUCCCCCGAAACAGUAGGGAGCGGUGCUAAAGAAGAAGUGGUUGGUAAGGCACAAGGAGUCACCAUGUGGUACUCAGGAAAAUUUAAGGAUGCUGGCAGGCAAAAUGACGAAAGGAGGAUGUAUCUCGGGAGAGGUUGGACAUGA